GCACGCCAGUACAUCGACUAUUCGUGGUUACAAGGCAAGCUCUCUUUUUCGCUGCGGUUCAUGACCACUUCUACGAUGCUGUUGUAGUUGGCGCUGGCGGUGCCGGCCUUAGAGCCGCCUCCGGUCUUGUUGCUCACGGCCUCAAAACUGCCUGCAUCUCCAAAGUCUUCCCAACUCGCUCCCACACUGUGGCUGCCCAAGGCGGUAUAAAUGCUGCUCUCGGCAACAUGACCGAGGACGACUGGCGCUGGCAUGCCUACGACACUGUGAAGGGCUCCGACUGGCUCGGGGACCAAGAUGCUAUCGAACACAUGUGCCGCCUCGCCCCUCAA